ACACUCCGCCCCGGCCCGCCCCGCCGCCCGGAUCCAGAACCGACCGGACAGACGGGUUCCCGCGCCCGCUUGCUCCGGGCCCCGCCCCUGCCAUAGACAGGGUGACCGAGGAGCACGAAACGGAGCAGCUGCGACAGGCCGGAACCCGAUUGACUUCUUGAGGACGCGGAAACCAAUGCAUCAUGGCUCCGCCCCAUCGCACCUGUUCCAGUCCUGCAACCCUACUGUGCAUUGUCCUCCUGGGCCUGCAGUAUGUGGAUGCCCUGCGCUCGCCCCCGCCCCGCCCCAACUUCCUGAUCAUCAUGGCUGACGACCUUGGCAUUGGAGACCUAGGCUGUUAUGGCAACACCAGCAUCAGGACCCCAAACAUUGACCGCCUGGCGGAGGAUGGAGUGCGCCUCACACAGUACCUGGCAGCAGAGUCGGUGUGCACGCCCAGUAGGGCCGCAUUCCUCACUGGGCGCUACCCUAUCCGCUCAGGGAUGACUUCUGGCAACGGACACCGAGUGCUGCAGUGGGCAGCAGGCGCAGGCGGCCUUCCUCCAAAGGAGAUCACCUUUGCUCGCAUCCUGCAGGGGCAGGGCUAUGUCACAGGGCUCGUGGGGAAGUGGCACCUGGGCCUGAGCUGCCGCACUGUCUCCGACCUCUGCCACCACCCGCUGAACCACGGCUUCCACCACUUCCUGGGGCUGCCGCUCGGCAUGAUGGGAGACUGUGCGGGGGCGGAGCCUUCUGAGAAGCGGGCAGGGCUGGAGCGGCGCCUUCGAGGGGCGGGGCGGGCCCUGGCAGCAGUGGCCGUUGCCAUUGCAGCACUGGCCUGGGGGCGGGGCCGGGGACUGGCACCGGCCUGCUGGGCUCCUUGGGCAGCUAUUGCCCUGGGUGCAGUGGCGGCCAUCUUUGAAGCAGGGUCGUAUGUGGUAGGUGGGGCUGUGGCGCGCUAUGACUGCUUCCUCAUGCGCAACGCCACCGUCACCCAGCAGCCCCUGCAGCUCGACCAUGUCACACCUCUGCUGCUCCGCGAGGCCAAGGACUUCCUGCGAAGGCAUCGCCAUGCCCCCUUCCUGCUGUUCCUGUCCCUGCUGCACACGCACACUCCCCUUGUGACAUCGCCUGAAUUCCGAGGUCGGAGCGCUCAUGGGCGCUAUGGCGACAAUGUGGAGGAGAUGGACUGGGUAGUGGGCCAGAUACUGGAGGUGCUGGAGCACGAGGGCCUGACGGACAGCACACUUGUCCAUUUCACAUCUGACAACGGCGCCUGGCUUGAAGCCCAGGCUGGGGGCGAGCAGCUCGGCGGCUCCAACGGGGUCUUCCGGGGUGGCAAGGGCAUGGGCGGCUGGGAGGGCGGCAUCCGCGUGCCAGGAGUGUUCCGCUGGCCGGGCGUGCUGCCUCGGGGGCGUGUCCUCGACCAGCCUGUGAGCCUCAUGGAUGUCUUCCCCACCGUUGUGCGGCUGGGGGGCGGGGUGUUGCCCUCAGACAGGGAGAUUGAUGGGCGCGACCUGUUGCCCCUGCUGCGAGGGGAGACCUGGCACUCCGCCCACGAGGUCCUGCUGCACUACUGUGAGGUCUUCCUGCACGCAGUCCGCUGGGUACAGCGUGACAGUGGCCAGGUGUGGAAGGCCCACUUCGUAACGCCGACCUUCGAUCCCUUGGGGUCGGGGUCGUGCAGUGGGGCAGGGGGCGCCGCAGCCGUGUGCCCAUGCGUGGGCAAGGUCGAGGAGCACGACCCUCCGCUGCUCUUCGAGCUGACCUCGGACCCUGGCGAGGUGCGGCCCCUCCGCGCACCCGCCAAGAUGUCGGAGGCGCCGAACUUGACGGCGGCCAUAACGUCAGAGGCAGUGACGGCAGCCAUGGCAACGGCGGCGCGCGUGAGGCAGGAGUAUGACAUGCUGCGCCCCACCGCCGGCCAUGUACCCCAGCAGAUGGGGUCGCUCUACAACCUGUGGCUGCCUUGGCUGCAGCCGUGCUGUGGCCACUUCCCUGCCUGUGCUUGCGACUUGGAAGGCGGGAGCCGGAAGUGAUCUUGGUGGUGCCGGAAGUGACGGUGGCGCAUGGGGGUGGGACUUCCUGUGAGACAGGAAGUACUGGUGGCUUUGGGGACAGAGAGGGAGGCCUGCUGAGUGGGGUUCCAUGGAGGAACAGGAAGUAAGGAAGAGGAAAUCAGAAGUCCCUGGGAGUGGUGUGUGUGUGUGUGGGGUGGGGGGUGGUAUGUACCUUUAUAAUAGUUAAAGUAGGGGUUCACAACCUCCCUAAUGCUGCAGCCUUUUAACAUAGUUUCUCAUGUAACAGUCCUCAACCAUAAAAUGAUUUUCACUGCUAUUUCAGCACUGUAAA